AUGAGUUUUAGAGAAAUUCUAAACGAUACUUAAAGAAUUAAAAAAAUUACAAAAAUUGCCUUCAAUGCUUUAGAUGAGGAUGAUAGUGGCUUUUUAGAAAGAAAGUUUAAAGUUAUAUACUCAUUAUAGAGAACUUAUAACAAUUCUAAAUAAUUGUGCUGAUAUUUUAAAAAUUGAUAGACCAUCAUCAGAAGAAAUGGAUGAAAUAUUAAAAGAAUUUGAUGAUAAUGGAGAUGGCAGAGUUUCAGAAAAUGAAUUUUUAAAAUUAAUAGAAUAGGUUUUAGGAAUUAUGGCUAAAAUAGAAGAAAAAUGA